CAAACGAUAGUAAAACUGGUUAUGGAUUGGAAUUACAAACUGGAAUAACGCAAUCACAUCUUUCUGCUAAUUAUAACAUGAAAGUAUUUGAUGAUUAUCAGUUAAGAGUUUCAACAACUUUAUCUACAUCAAGUGGCCUGACAAAUACUAUAAUGGGUGAAAGAAAAGUUACCAAUAACACAAAAGUUGCUUUAGCUAUCGAUUUUGGAAUUCCUACUGGAAUUAUUUUUAGAUGCAGGUUUAAUCGUUUAGGACAAAAAAUUUCCAUUCCAGUACAUGUAACUUCUGAUUUGGAUUUUAGAUUUAUUUUAUUUGGCACUUUAGUCCCAGUCGUUUCAAUCGUUUUCACGGAACAAGUUAUAUUAAAACCAAGACGUAAAAGAAUAAUGGCAGAGAAAAUAGCAGCAUUAAGACAACGUCAUUCCGAAUAUAUACAAAGUCGUAGACAAGAAGCAGAAGAAGCAAUUCGUUUGAUGAAGCCAUCUGUCGAAAGAAAAAUUGAAACAGAACAUGCAAAGGAUGGUUUGAUAAUUUUGGAAGCUUGGUAUGGCAAUUUGUCUGAUGGCGAUGCUAGUGUUAUCGCGAGGGAUGUUUUUGAUGUGAGAAUACCUGUACAAGCUUUGGUACACGAAUCACAAUUAUCUAUACCAGGUUUUUAUGAUCCAUGUAUGGGAGAGAAAAAGAAAUUAAGAAUUAGGUAUCAGUUUAAACGUAAGAUACAUGAAGUUAUUGUGGAUGAUAGAUCAACUGUUGUAUGUCCUUUACGAUCUCAUGUUAUAUCUGGUUAA